GCUACCUGAAUUCGCUUUUACUUUCACCGGAUGUGACGUCACCGUGGCCUCUUUUCUGUCUGACGGACCUUGUCACCGAUUUUGAUGUGUAUCAACAGCACACACCCCUAGAAGAGAUCUGCCCUCGGGGUUUUGUUUUUAACAGUUUGUCGCUGACAGUGUCCGCCACCAUGCCCAUGUACCAGGUAAAGCGCGUUUGUGGGGGUGAUAUAAAGAUUGAUUUGCCAACCUGCAUGUACAAGUUACCAAAUAUCCACGCGCAGCAUGGGGACAGCUGCACCUCCGAGCACGCGCUUCAGAAUGGCGACGUGGAUCCAGCAGUCAAAGCUCUGGAAGCCAGGCAGGAUGAGAUCAUGAGAAAACUGUAUGAGCUGAAAGCAGCGGUGGAGGGCCUGGCUAAGACAGUGACCACCCCUGAUGCGGAUCUGGACCUGACAGUCAGCAGCAGCCUCUCUUUCAAAAGCUCCAGCUCCACAACCUUCAAAGGCACCACAGACCUGGACACACUACUGGGCAAGGACCUCGGUGCUCUCCGGGACAUUGUCAUAAACGCUAACCCAGCACAGCCACCUCUGACCCUGCUGGUGCUUCACAGCCUGUUGUGUCAGCGCUAUCGGGUGCUGUCCACCGUCCAUGUCCACUCCUCAGUUGCCAAUGUGCCACCGCAGCUCCUGUCCUGCCUUGGUCCGCGCCAUCCAGACAGUUAUGCCCGCCACAUGUUCCAGCUUGGUUUCACCCUUAUAUGGAAAGAUGUGCCAAAACUGCAAAUGAAGUUCAGCAUCCGGAACAUGUGUCCCAUUGAGGGUGAGGCCAACGUGGCACGAUUCCUUUUCAAGCUGCUGGCUCCCUACCCCAGUGACCCUGCCCUCGCCACCUUGGUGGACAGCUGGGUUGACAAAGCUUUCCUCCAGCUGGCGGAGUGCGGUGCCAAGAAGCAAGCCGCUGUCCUGCGGGCCCUCAAUUCUGCCUUGGGACACAGUGCCUGGCUGGCUGGCCCAGAGUUUUCCCUGGCUGACAUCGCCUGCUACUGCUGUGUGCUGCAAAGUGGCUCCGCCUCAUCUGCUCCUGCUAAUGUCCAGCGUUGGCUCAAGUCCUGCGAGAACCUGGGCCACUUUGGCCCUGUCAAGCAACUUCUGCACUGAAUGGGGCUAUCCCAGGACCAGACACCAAAAGGGUGUCUUACCCAAAGUGAGAGAUGGGCAUUAGAAUAUUAAAGUAUCCAAGUCAUGUCUAGAAGGCCUACUAAUGCUUUCUUCCUUACGGAAUUAAUUUACUGAACUGACAAAGACUCAAUAGAAGCAAUAUGGUUGACAAAGUAACAUAAGAGUAUUGUCUUCACUAUGCUGCACUUGUAUUGUGAAAUUCUUUUUGCAAGGGAGGAAGCAUGAGAGGACUGUAGAGGCGUGGUGAUGGGUUAAAUCUAAGGUACUGAUAGAAGUGUUUAGUCUAACACACUGUACACCUUCCACCCCACCCACUUUGUGCCUAACAUGAUCCUGUAUGUUGACUGGUAUUACUGGGUGACUUCAAAAGAAAUACUUUGUAUCGAUUGUUUUUUCUGAAGUCAUUAAAACACUUUGGAUCAAAAUUUGAA